UGUUUUUAAUUCAUAUUUUAUUAUUAGAAUUCUGAUGGCGUCAAAGGCACCAUGAAACUGUAAGAACUCGUUUCAUUGACGUGAGACGUCAUGGUAUUAAAUGCACGUUGUUUUCUGUAUUCGAUUUAGAGGAGUGAGACGUUUAUUUUUAAGUCGGAAGUGCUUUGCUCUGUUGUCAACAGCCGUUGUUUAUGUUAAUAAAGUAUUAAUAUGAACCAGGUUGUUUCUGUUAUUAAAGUAUAAGAACACAUACAGUACACAUACAGGAGCUUCUUUGCAGACUGACGUCACUAACAUGCGCCUGCCGUCGCCUCAUAACUAGGUAUUUCAAGCGGAGGUUCUCUAAACACCGCGGUUGUGGUUUACUAACUCCUCUUGAAUUCCCCUUCGCAUGUUUCCUUGACCCACGUCCACAGAGGACAAGUGGUUAGGAAUCGACGUUAAGAGGUAACUAUUUGACAGCAGCCUUUUUCAACCGGAAGCCUUCGGACCCGGAUGUAGUCGGAGCGGGACGUUUGAACGCGCAGCUUCUCGUUCUCAUAGAAACCAGUAUGUGGUUCCGGUCCAGUCCGGACCGGUACUCCUGCUCCUCUGACACCAGGGAGGUUUUGAUCCGGUCCACUCGGGUUCUUCCAGGACCCGGUCCAGGAUCUGUCCAGACACCGCGUGACCCUCCCGGUCAGGAGCCGGAUCAGGCUCCUCAGCCCGACAGACCACCCAAACAGAACAGAGAGCCCAGAAGAAGACAGCUUCCAGAAUCCAGAUCAGACCGGACCCGGGACCAGGAACCUGGUCACGACCUGCUAACCUCCCGCUGUGACCCCGGAGGCCGAGGCCUCGUCCUCGCUGCUCUGAGACAUCGGUCUCACAGCGCCCCCCACAGGAGGGAGGUCAAAGUACAGCUGUUGGACCCUGGACCCCUCAGCACCAGGGUUCAGGAGAGGGGGGUGGGGCAAACCUCCUGUUGCCUUGGAGACGCAGCUCCGCUCAUCGAGAGGGAGCUGCUGACAGGCCACACCCCUGUCACCUCUGACCUCACAGCUCCUCAUCCACAGCACUCUCAUCUGGAGACGACAGCUGGCAUCCUUAGCAACCAGCAGCCAAUCGGAACUGCCUCUAUCGCCUCGGAGACCGGCCCAGUUGCUAUGGCAACACCCUGUGACCAAUGGCCAGAGCAUACCAGUCAGGGACCGGCGAGGAGAGCCAAUGAGACGCUGAGGGAGACCAAGCACCUGCUGACGCCAGAAGACUCUCUGAAGACCACCACAUCUGAACCAGACCCCCACCAGUCCCAACAAUCCCAGUCCCAGAUCCCUCAAUCUAGGUCCCAGUCCCAACAGACGGAUUCCCAAGAAAACCACUCCCAGUCACAUCCAAGUCCUUUCCUAUCCAUCCGAUCCCAACCAGGUCAGACCCAGUUCCAGGUCUCGCAGCAGUCCCAGUCCGUACUGGUCCAAAGGGGGCCUGUGCUUUCCUCCACGUUGGAGGAGGCGGGUCUGGUUCUUCGUCAAGUUCGGAGACAGAAGAAGGUUUUGGAGGAGAACCUGGAGGCUCUGCUGAGAGCCCAAACCGGAGAGGCUCUGCACUGCCAGCUGGACGCACUGUCUGCUAACAGAGACUGGACGGAGGAGGUCCGGAUCAAGAAGACGGUGGACGCCUGGAUCAACACUUUGACCAAAGACAUUCAGGCUGAGAUGUCCUCAGAGGAGGCUUCGAUGACAUCACAGCAGAGACCGGUUGGGAGCUCCGCCCCCACAGGUCGGGGGAGGCCAGUGAGCACGCUCAGAGGAACAGGAAGUGAGCCGGCGGUCGGGAGAGGAAGCAGAGGACCGCUGCAGGGGGCGGAGCCUGACUCUGAGUCGUACUUGGCUCGUCUGUACGGCAGAGCUCCGUACGAGGGUCUGAGACGGAAACUGAAGAAGAGUCCGUACCUGCGCUUCAGCUCACCGGCCGCCCCGCCCAGCAGGAAGCCCCGCCCCCGGCUGGUGGAGACCGUCACAGGUGUGAAGGUGGAGUCCCGUAAGACUCAGACGUCACCUGGACGACCUCAGCGUGAUGACAUCAUCUGCUCCUCCCACUUGACCUCUGGUGACCCCGCUGACCUUACGGUGACCCCUGAAGCCAGACGCACGGUUGCUAUAGCGAUCCCACUGGGCUGCCGCAGGGCGGACUCGUCUGCCCGGGGCCCCCUGGACCAGGAAUUGACAUCACGGCCCAUAGCUCCUCCCUCAUGUAACCUGGUGGAGCUACAGUCACAGAAGGUGAAGCAGCUGGAUGUCCCUCCUCCUGCUCCUCCUCCUUCUCCUCCUCCUGCUCCUCCUCCUGCUCCUCCUCCUGCUCCUCCUCCUCACCCUGUUGACAUCAUUGAGAGUAAUGAAGAGGACGAGGACGUCUUCCCUGGAACUGAAUUCCUACAUGUUGCUGAUGUCGUUCAGGAGGAGCUGAGCUGUGAGGAAGAGGAGGAGGUGCAGCUGGACGGGGGUCCGGCUCCUCCUCUGGUCCUGUAUCAGGGUCCAGUCUUCCCUCCACAGACCAGAUCUGCCCCCCAGGACCAGGACCAGGCCUCCCUCCUGGACCUCAAGCUGCAGGGAGACGUCCUUGAGAACCGGGUGGUGGAAUGGGUGGAGCAGCAGCUGAUGUCCCGGAUGAUCUCAGAGAUGUCUCGCCCCCCUCCCUCCGACCCCGCCCACAACGACUACACUGACCAAUCGAAGUCCGAGGAGCAGAGCAUGGUGGGGGCAGCAGGAGGUCUGCAGCACUUUGUGGACUCCAACAUGUCCGUGGACUCGGCUCUGGUCCUGCAACUGGUUACUGAGGUUCUCACAGAGCACGUUGCCCUGCUGCUGGGCCAGAGGGACUCACUGGAACCAGGUCCAGGAUACACUGAGGACCAACUGGUUUCGCUGGUUCCUCCAGCGACGCCUCAGCUCAGCAGAGAGGCCACGCCCCUGCCCACGCCCCCUGCCUCGGAACCAACCAGCCUGCUGAACGACGUGUCUCUUCGGCCAAUCACAGAUCCAGAGCCUGUAGCCACGCCCACCUCCAGCCCAGAGCACGCCCCCUCUACAGGAGGUCCUCCUGCUGUCCAUCAAGCCCCUCCCCCUCUGACCUGGGGAGAUGUUGAACUGUCAUUGGAAGAGGAGAGACCAGAGGAAGAGUUGGAUACGCGCUCACAGCUGCUCAUGAUGUCAGUGGCAGAGGAGGAGCCUCUUUUCUCCUCCCCUCUCCCUGCCCCCUCGACCCCCCCUGCCCCCUCCCCGUCUCCUCCUGCUCCUGGUCCUGGUCCUAGUCCUGGUCCUGGUCCUGGUCCUGGUCCUGGUCCCAGACCAGUGUCCCCCUCCAGCUCCUCCGAGGCCACCAGCAGCAGCAGCGUUGUGACUGAAGCACUGAAGCACAUCUCAGAGGGAGAGCUGCUCAGUGCUGACCAGCUGGCGGCCAUGACAGAGGAAGGUGUCUUCAGUUUCUCCAGUUCUCUCCAUGAGCUCCAGGAAAUGGACUGUGACCCCCUCAGUGAAGGACAGGUCAAAGGUCAUGACCUCCUCAGGACCAAUGAGGACACACUGCUCGAGGGCUCCUGGAAGAGGGAUCAGGACCAGGAACAGGAUCAGGACCAGAAUCAGGACCAGGACCAGGACCAGGAGGAGGGUCGUGUGGGGGAGCUGAGGUCACCUGGACAGACGAGCCCGGCUGCAGAAGCAGAAGUCAGUUUGGAAAAGAUUGAUCAGAACCUGGAGACCCCCCUGGAGACCCUGCACAGCUGUGAGUCAUGAGGGAGGAGCUCCACCAGGAGGAGGAGGAGGAGGAGGAGGAGGAGGAGGAGGAGGAGGAAGUUGACAGCUCUGGUGUUUUCUAGAUCUUCAUGUUUUAUAACAUUUGUCCUUGUCUCUCUUCCUGUGACUUUUGACCUCGUU